ACCUCCCAACAAAACCUCCUCGCAUCUUCCUCGUACUCAGGCAGAGAGGAGGACGAGGGUGAUGAUCAUCAUUCAAAAGCACUAAAAAGAAAAUCACAAGAAAAUAAUAAUUGUACAUAACUAAAAAAAAUAGUAAAAAAAUGAAUGACUUAUUCUCAAAUUCAUUCAAGAGGAACCAGGCUCAAUUUGGCGAUGUUGAAGCAGGUCAAGAAACGAUGAACCUCGAUAAAUUCUUCGAGGAUGUCGAGAAUGUGAAGGAUGACAUGAAAGGAAUCGAGACUCUUUAUAAGAAGCUUCAAGACUCAAACGAAGAAUGCAAGACGGUUCACAAUGCCAAGAAGGUGAAGGAGCUACGAGCUAAGAUGGAUGGAGACGUAGGUCAGGUCCUUAAGAGGGUCAAAAUGAUUAAGCAGAAGCUCGAAGCCCUAGAGAAAGCUAACGCUAAUAGCCGUAAUGUCCCUGGUUGUGGGCCCGGUUCAUCUACGGAUAGGACUCGGUCGUCUGUGGUUAGCGGUCUCGGGAAGAAGCUCAAGGACUUGAUGGAUAGUUUCCAGGGUCUACGUGCAAGAAUGAACGAUGAGUAUAAAGAAACCGUAGAGCGCAGGUAUUUUACAAUAACGGGAGAACAAGCUGACGAGCAAACAGUAGAUAACUUGAUUGCAAGCGGUGAGAGUGAAAAUUUUCUCCAAAAAGCGAUUCAAGAGCAAGGAAGAGGUCAGAUCAUGGACACUAUAUCUGAGAUCCAAGAAAGGCAUGAUGCAGUGAAGGAGAUUGAGAAGAAUCUACUCGAGUUGCACCAAGUUUUCUUGGACAUGGCGGCUCUAGUGGAAGCGCAAGGGCAGCAACUGAAUAAUAUAGAGAGUCAUGUGGCAAAGGCAAGCUCGUUUGUGAGAAGAGGGACUGAUCAGCUCCAAGAUGCUAGGGAGUACCAAAAGAGCUCGAGGAAAUGGACUUGUUACGCCAUUAUUCUCUUUAUCGUUGUUUUUAUCCUUCUUCUUAUUCCUGCUUUACCCCAUAUUAUGCUCAUGUUGAAGUGAAGUGGCUAGAGAGCUUAUCUUGAUUGUCACAAUAUCUCUUCCCCUAUUCAUUCUUUUUUUGGCUUUAUGGGAUCGAUGGAGAAUAGUUAGACUAUGGUAACAACCAUGAAAAGAAAUUUGUAGAAAAUGUUUUGAAACACCGGUUUGUUAUCACAUUCUUUUUAAUGCAAUACUGAGUUUUGGAUGUGUUAUCCUCCAUCUUUAGUGUUUGAUGUGGCAAUGUUAUGUAUUAGGGUUUCUAUAUAAUUAAAAAAAACAAGGGAAACAAAUCACUUCCCUUAGUUUUCUUUUGAUGGAAGCUAAACUUAAGUAACCUAUAACAGAAUUUUUUUUUUGAAAAAACAGGACACUAAAAUGUGAAAAUUAUUUAGGACUUAGUGAAAUGCCUUUUUGAUUAUACACCAAGCAGUCAAGCAUUACCUUGCGAGUUGCGAGUAGCGAUAGUGAUGAAUUUUUUUUAACUAUUUUUAUUUAUUUGUAUAUAACGUAUCUCUGUGUGCGCAUAUAUGUACGCAUUAUUGUUUUCCCCCCUUAUAAAUAUUCUUAGUCUUUUUUUUUUGAACAACUAUUCUUAGUCUCCUAAGAGCACCCUUAUCGCGGUCUCUAAUUCCGCGUAUCUAGGGUAUUUAGGUUAAAAAAAAAUUGGCUAAUUAACCAAGAGACGUAGCUUAAUGAAGACGCGGAAGAGACGAGUUUCAUGGGGCGCGUGUCAUUCAUUCAACAUCACUCUCUCUCAAAACCGCCUUGUCUUCUCUCUUUCUCUCGAGGCGACUCCGAGGCGAUACGCUUGCUCUCCGCGACGAUGAUAUCGCGGUCUCGUCGAUGAUUUGGUUGAAUAUAUAUGGCAUAAAUUUUCGUUUAUUUUAGUAAUUUUUGUUUUAAUUUAAAAAUCUAUGUUUAAAAUGUUAUCUUUUAUUA